UUUUUAAACGCGCAGUAGAAUUUGAAUUGGUUUGGUGCUUCCUAUCGGCCAGCAAGAACCAGGAAAGUACCAGCGGCGAAUUUAUUGAGGCUAUCUGUUUGGCGACCAUAACAGCCGGACAGCCCCGUCAUCACAGCACCAUUUCCCGAUGGGACGCAUCCGCGCUAUUAUACGGAGCACCUUUUCAGGAUCAACACGUUCGUCAAUCGACGUGCGCAGCAGUGAUACGAUAGUUGGCAUGUGGUUCUCACUUUUCAUUUUCACAGCGACUGCCUAAGCACCACGCAGCGAAGCAGCUCCAGCAUCCAAGUACAAUGGCUCCAGCUCCAUUUGAAGUGUCUGAUGUGCUCGCUGCUGUCAACGGGUACACCUCCUCCGCUAGUGCGCGCCGUCGCAUUCUCGUGACAGGUGCAGCAGGAUUCAUCGGAUUCCACACCGCCAAGACCCUGCUGGCGCGCGGAGACAACGUCGUUAUUGUGGACGAGGUAAACGACUACUACGACGUCAAGCUCAAGCAGAGCAACCUCGACUGGCUCUCGACCAAUUACGGCGACCGUGUCAGCGUGUAUAUCGGCGACCUAUGCGACGAGCAGCUGGUGCGUCGUGUACUCAAGGAGACGAAGCCCGAUGCUAUGGUGCACUUGGCGGCUCGCGCCGGUGUUCGUCCGAGCAUCGACAAUCCGCUUAUGUACAUCCAGGCCAAUGUGGUUGCCACGAUGGUUCUGCUGGACGCUUGCCGCGAGUUCGGUAUCAAGAAAUUCGUGUAUGCGAGCAGCAGUUCGGUGUACGGCGGCAGCAUGAAGGAGAGUUUCAGUGAGGAGGACAUCGUGGACUUCCCGGUGAGUCCGUACGCCGCGACCAAGAAGAGCUGUGAGCUACUGGCGCACACGUACCACCACCUGUACGGCAUGGACACCAUCGGCCUGCGCUUCUUCACGGUGUACGGACCUCGUGGUCGUCCGGAUAUGGCUCCGUUCAAGUUCAUGGACCGUAUCGCGCGUGAUGUGGCCAUCGACCAGUACGGCGACGGCUCUUCGUCGCGCGACUACACUUUCAUCGACGACAUCGUCCAGGGCGUGCUGCUAAGUCUGGAUCGCGGUCAUGGCUGUGAGGUGUUUAACCUGGGUCGUGGUACGCCGGUGCUGCUCACCGAUUUCAUUGCCAUUAUUGAGGGACUAGUGGGCAAGAAGGCGAAGAUCAACAUUCUACCAGACCAGCCUGGUGAUGUGCCUCGUACAAGUGCUGACAUCUCGAAGGCGGAGCGUUUGCUGGGGUACAAGCCUACGACUCCGUUGGAGCAGGGUCUGGCGAAGACGUGGGAAUGGUAUUCGGAGUUCUACAACACUCAGCCGACUAAAUCUUCGUAA